UCCGGGGCUGAGCCGGGGAGUCAAAUACAGCGGGGCAGACCCGGGUGGGCCCAGGUUGGGAGCACCUUAGGGGCCAUGGAGCUGCACGGGCUGCUGGCAGCGCUGGCUUUGCUAGCGCUGCAGUCCGAGCAGGUCCCCAACACCUUUGCUGCGCAGGGUCCGGCUCUGUGGCCCAUGCCGCUCUCGGUGCAGAUGACCUCGCGCCUGCUGUACCUCUCCCCGGAGAACUUCCAUAUCGCCCACCAUCCCUCUUCCAAGGCCGGCCCUUCCUGCGCCCUCCUUCAGGAAGCGUUCAGGCGAUAUUAUGACUGUAUUUUUGGUUCCCACGAGCGGCAUCAUCGCCCCGCCAAAUCUCUUGUUAAAACGGACUUACAGCAGCUUCUCGUCUCAGUGGUCCUCGACUCAGAGUGCGACACGUUCCCCAACAUCUCUUCAGAUGAGUCCUAUACUUUACUUGUGAAGGGACCAAUGGCUUUCCUCAAGGCCAACAGAGUCUGGGGAGCAUUACGAGGUCUAGAGACCUUCAGCCAGUUAAUUUAUCAAGAUCCUUAUGGGGCUUUCACCAUCAAUGAAUCCACCAUUAGUGAUUCUCCAAGGUUUCCUCACAGAGGAAUUUUAAUUGAUACAGCCAGACACUAUCUCCCAGUUAAUAGUAUUCUUAAAACUCUGGAUGCCAUGGCUUUUAAUAAGUUUAACGUUCUCCACUGGCACAUAGUUGAUGACGAGUCUUUCCCCUAUCAGAGCAUCACUUUCCCAGAGUUAAGCAAUAAAGGAAGCUAUUCUUUUUCUCAUAUUUAUACACCAAACGAAGUCCGUAUGGUGAUUGAAUAUGCCCGAUUACGGGGGAUUCGAGUCCUACCAGAGUUUGAUACCCCUGGACACACACAGUCUUGGGGGAAAGGUCAGAAGGAUCUCCUAACUCCAUGUUACAAUGAACAUGAGCCUGGGACUUUUGGACCUAUAAACCCUAUUUUGAAUACAACUUACAGCUUCCUGUCUAAAUUUUUCAAAGAAAUUAGUUUGGUAUUUCCAGAUUGGUUCAUUCAUUUGGGAGGAGAUGAAGUGGAAUUUGAUUGUUGGGAGUCCAAUCCAGAUAUCCAGGAUUUCAUGAAGCAGACAGGCUUUGGCAAAGAUUUUAGAAAACUAGAAUCUUUCUAUAUUCAAAAGCUUUUGGAUAUUAUUUCAACCAUAAAGAAAGGAUCCAUCGUCUGGCAAGAGGUUUUUGAUGACAAUGUGAAGCUUCAGCAAGACACUAUCAUUCAAGUAUGGAAAGAGGACAAGUAUGUUAAUGAACUAGAGGUAAUCACAAAAGCUGGCUUCCCUGCGAUCCUCUCUGCUCCGUGGUACUUAGGCUAUAUCACUUAUGGACAAGAUUGGAUGAAAUACUAUAAAGUGGAACCUCUUGAUUUUAGAGGUUCUCAGCAGCAGAAACAACUUGUCCUUGGUGGAGAAGCUUGUCUGUGGGGAGAAUAUGUGGAUGCAACUAACCUCACUCCGAGACUAUGGCCUCGGGCAAGUGCUGUUGCUGAGAGACUCUGGAGCCAGAAAAAGAUCAGAAAUCUAGACGAUGCCUACAGAAGACUAACAGCUCACCGCUGCAGAAUGGUCAGACGCGGCAUAGCUGCGGAGCCUCUUGACAUCGGAUACUGUGGCACCUGAGCUGGACCAGAAGGGGAAAGCCCGCAGCAACGCACUGCCGUGGACUCGGUUUGAAAUCAUGUAAAUUAAGAUUUGGUAUAUUGUUUUUGAAUAAAAUAUAUUUGAAUUGAUUGAA